CCAAGAAACAUGAUCCGCGUCCGAGGCGUCGGCCACGUCGUGCUCCGCGUGCGGACGAUCCAGCUCGCCGAGAUGCUGCGCUUCUACAUGGACAUACUCGGCUGUCCGAUCGAGCGCGUCCAGGAAGACAUUGGCCUCUACCAGCUGCGCGCGGGCCGGAACCUCCUCGACUUCGUGCUCGCCGAAGGCACACUCGGCCGCGCCAAGGCCAAAGAACCACGGACGCCCGACCACCUCUGCCUCCAAGUCGACUCGUUUGACGCGGCGCAUGUUCGGCGAGACCUUAUCCAUGCCGGCGUCCGCGUCGGCGACUAUGGCGCGCGCUACGACGGCCACGCGUGGAGCCUCUCUAUUUAUGACCCCGAGGGCAACGUGAUCGAGCUCAUGGGCCCCGAGACCAACACGACCGUCUUGUAGUAACGUAUAUAUCCUCGUCGUCGUACCCUCAAAACCUCUGGAGGACAGAGCUGCGUCAUCGCCAUGUCGUGAUGACGAUGCCCGUGGCCGGCCACCACCGUCGUAGCUUCGUCGCCGGGACGUG